AGGGAAGGAGGAAAGCAGAACAGCUCCAACUCAAAGCAGCAGCAGCAGCAAGGAAAGUCUUUGGCUCCAAACCCCAGACGCCAGUUUUUUAGCAGCGAGCUGCCUAAAUACAUUUAUUUGAGAAGACUCUCUGGGCACACUUUAUUUGAAUUGAUUCCUUUGCAAAGUUGGAGAUCAGUAUUCGGUUAUUUACAGUGGAUGUAAAGACCACCAGCCUUGCACAGGCACGACAAAUUUAGAGGAAUGUACCAGACACGGGCAACAGGAAAACUUGAGCGGGGAUGUCAGUUCCACUUUCUGCGGGUUUUCUUGUUAUUAGGGGUCGUGCUUGGAGCGCACAUCGGAACUGGAACAGAUUUGCCAUAUGAUCCAGAUGUAAUGGCCUCUUCAUCGUGGAAUAUUUCCAGCGAAGCCGACAAAGAUUAUUACUUGACGUUAGACGAGCCGAUGAACAAUAUCACGACGUCCCUCGGGCAGACGGCGGAGCUGCACUGUAAAGUCUCCGGCAAUCCCACGCCGGCCAUCAGGUGGCUGAAGAACGAUGCUCCGGUGGUGCAGGAGCCCCGGAGGAUAUCCUUCCGAGUCACCAGCUACGGCUCCCGGCUGAGAAUCCGCAAUCUGGACACCACGGACACCGGCUACUUCCAGUGUGUCGCCAACAACGGCAAGAGCAGCGUGUCCACCACCGGGGUGCUCUUUGUCAAGUUCGGCCCGCCCCCGACAGCCAGUCCAGGAAAAUCCUCGCAGGAUGAGUAUGAAGAGGAUGGCUUCUGCCAGCCCUACAGGGGGAUCGCCUGCGCCAGGUUCAUUGGUAACCGCAGCAUCUACGUGGACUCACUGCAAAUGCAAGGGGUGAUCGAAAAUCAAAUAACAGCUGCAUUCACGAUGAUAGGCACCUCCAAUCACUUGUCAGACAGGUGCUCUCAGUUCGCCAUCCCCUCGCUCUGCAACUUCGCAUUCCCUUUCUGUGACGAGACCUCGUCCGCUCCGAAGCCCCGGGACCUGUGCAGAGACGAGUGUGAGAUCUUAGAGAACGAUCUCUGCAGGACUGAGUACAUCAUCGCCAGGUCCAAUCCCAUCAUCCUGAUGAGACUGAAACUGCCCAACUGUGAGGACCUGCCCCAGCCGGAGAGCCCCGAGGCAGCCAACUGUAUGAGAAUAGGGAUUCCCAUGGCAGAGCCCAUCAACAAAAAUCACAAGUGCUUCAACAACACUGGCGUGGAUUACCGUGGAACAGCCAGCGUGACCAAAUCAGGUCUGCAGUGCCAGCCGUGGAACUCCCAGUACCCCCACAGCCACGCAUACCUGGCAGUGCGGUACCCAGAGCUGAACGGAGGGCACUCCUACUGCAGGAACCCAGGCAACCACAAGGAGGCGCCCUGGUGCUUCACCCUGGAAGAGGCAGUCAAGAUGGAGCUAUGUGACAUCCCUGUGUGUGACUUCAAGGAGAGCAACAACAAAAUGGAAAUCCUGUAUAUUCUGGUGCCGAGUGUGGCCAUCCCCCUGGCGAUUGCUCUCCUGUUCUUCUUCAUCUGCGUCUGCCGCAACAAUCAAAAGUCGUCCACGCCUCCCGCUCAGAGUCAGCCCAAGCCUGUCCGAGGGCAGAAUGUGGAGAUGUCAAUGCUCAACGCCUAUAAGCCAAAGAGCAAAGCAAAGGAGCUGCCUCUCUCCGCAGUGCGCUUCAUGGAGGAGCUGGGUGAUUGUGCUUUCGGAAAGAUCUACAAAGGCCACCUCUACCUCCCUGGCAUGGACCACGCACAGCUGGUGGCCAUCAAGACCCUGAAAGACUACUCCAGCCCCCAGCUGUGGGGGGAGUUCCAGCAGGAGGCGUCUCUCAUGUCAGAGCUCCAUCACCACAACAUUGUGUGCCUGCUGGGGGUGGUGACUCAGGAGCAGCCCGUCUGCAUGCUCUUCGAGUUCCUGAAUCAGGGCGACCUGCACGAGUUCCUCAUCAUGCGCUCCCCACACUCGGACGUGGGCUGCAGCAGCGACGAGGAUGGGACCGUCCGAUCCAGCCUGGACCACGGAGACUUCCUGCACAUCUCCGUCCAGAUCGCAGCUGCCAUGGAGUACCUGGCCAGCCACUUCUUUGUCCACAAGGACCUGGCUGCCCGGAACAUCCUGGUUGGGGAGCAGCUCCAAGUAAAGGUGUCUGACCUUGGACUUUCCAGAGACAUCUACUCCUCGGAUUAUUUCAGGGUCCAGCCGAAUUCGCUUUUACCCAUUCGCUGGAUGCCCCUGGAAGCGAUCAUGUACGGGAAGUUCUCCACUGACUCCGACAUCUGGUCCUUUGGUGUGGUUCUGUGGGAGGUCUUCAGUUUUGGGCUGCAGCCCUAUUACGGUUUCAGUAAUCAGGAGGUGAUGGAGAUGGUCCGGAAACGACAGCUCCUGCCCUGCCCUGAUGACUGCCCUCCCAAGAUGUAUGGCUUGAUGACCGAGUGCUGGCAGGAGAACCCUUCCCGAAGGUCACGCUUCAAGGACAUCCACGCCAGACUGAGAGCUUGGGAGGGGCUUUCGAGCCACACCAGCUCCACCACGCCUUCAGGGGGCAAUGCCACGACGCAGACCACUUCCCUCAGUGCCAGCCCGGUUAGCAAUCUCAGCAACCCCAGAUACGCUAACUUCAUUUACCCGGCACAGGGGAUACAGCAGGCUCAGAUAGCAGGGUUCAUGGCAGCUCAGAUGCCCCAGAAUCAGAGGUUCAUCCCAGUGAACGGGUACCCUAUCCCACCAGGCUACGCUGCUUUCCCCACUGCACACUUCCAACCACAGGGCCCGCCCAGAGUCAUCCAGCACUGUCCGCCUCCUAAGAGCCGCUCACCCAGCAGCGCAAGCGGCUCCACCAGCACGGGUCACGUGACAAGCAUUCCUUCCACAGGAUCCAAUCAUGAUGCAAACACCCCACUGCUGUCACACUGUAUCACCAUUUCCAGUCACCCUGGGAGCGCUGUGCCAAUCUUUGGACACAUGAAUCAGAAAGUAAUGCAAAUGGACUCGACGCAAGCCUGUUUGUUAGGAGACUCGAAUAGACACGCAUACAGUGAAUCAAUAACCACUGCAGAACUGUAAAUAGGAAUUCCUUUUUUGUUGUGUACAUAUAUAUAUACACAGUAAAAAAAAAAAAGCCUGAAUGACAUGCAAAGAUUUAUAUUCAGAUAUGCUUUAUUAAAAUGGAAAGAGUGUCUUUUCGGACAUUAUCAAACAGUUCACCACAAUUGCCUUGAAACAACGUUACUUGCUGUGAAAGACCGAGACCAAAUGUUGGGGUUUUGGAGGCUAUUAAGAUGUAAAGUCAUCCCUUAGCCUUAUAAACUAUGUUUGUUUAUAUUAUAAGGAUUAUUAACAAUAUAAUAUAGAUAUUUUACAGCAAAUAAAGUUUAAUUGUUACAUUUCAUGGGAAAAGCAAAUGUUUCCUAUGAAUUAAGUGCACUUAAACAAAACUGUUCAAAAACUGUUAUCUAUAAUAAAAAGUUUUUUUUUGUUUUUUUUUAUAUAUAUCUAAUAUCUGUUAAAUGUGAUAUAUCAACUACUCAUCUCUCUCUCUCUCUCUCUCUCUCUCUCUCUCUCUCUCUCUCUCUCUUUCUGUCAUAUGUAGCCCUGUUAUGUUACUAUAACCUUUUGUGUUUACAGUUUAUGAAGAAUACAAAUUGAAAUGUGGUUCAUUAUGCUUUUCUCUUCCCAAACAGGACUGGUGUUUUAGAAUUACAGGGACAGUUUUUUUAAAUCCUGUUCAAAUACAUUUUAUAUAACUAGUUAGAUUUCAUUGUUUGUAUAUAUUUGUUGCUAUGCAACUUUCAAGAUCCAAACCCCGCUUGUACAGAAGACAAUCAUUUGUUCAACACUUCAACUGGGUACUAUACUAUGAAUCACUACACUUCAGCUGGGUACUAUACUAUGAAUCACUGAAGUGACAGCUGAAGCAACUCCAGAUCUCUUGCUGAUCUCUGGGAAAUGAUUCUAUUAUUUAUGAACUGCGUAAUUUGACAUGUGAACAUUCUUGUAUAGAAGACCAGUUGGAUAUUUGCUGUCUAAGAUGUAGGAAAAAAAAAACCAAAAGCCCAAUUUGUUUAAUUAAGUUUUUUUGUUUUUUAAACACUUCCCUACCUAGGUAUCUGCAGUUGUAUUCAGGUACCCUCUGUUUGUGUUGAUAUAUUCCUGUUAAAACCACUUUAACUAAAGACUGUGAAUCAAGUGCUGAAUAUUUUGUGCCUGUGCAAAAUGUUUUACUAGUGCUGUGCUUUGUAAGCAGUCUUUAAUAGUAGUAUCCAGAUAGAUAAUUGCGGAAGGUUUAGAACUCACCGUUAUUGUAUUGAGCAAGAUGCCUUUCUGUAUUUGUGAGAGGAUGCUGCACAAAUGUUUUGUGUGGCAAAAUAAAAAUAAGAAAACGAA